AUGGUCAAACUUGAACGUACAUCAGGUAUUCUUGUUCAUAUUUCCAGUCUGCCCGGUCCCAAUGGUAUAGGUGAUAUUGGAGAAGAAGCCUAUAAGUUCGUUGAUUUUCUCCAUGAAUGUAAUCAGCAAACUUGGCAAAUUCUUCCGUUGACAGCAAGUGAAAAGCCAUCACCCUAUUCGGGUACAUCAGCAUUUGCCGGAAAUCCGCUGCUGAUUAGUUUAGAGAAAUUGGUUGAUGAUGGUUUACUUAUUCAGUCAGAUAUCGAAUCUAGCCGACCAAAGUUUGGCGAAUAUAUUGAAUUUCGGAAAGUUUUCCAAUGGAAGUACACUGUUUUGGAUCAUGCUUAUCAUAAUUACAAAAACUCUUCAAAUCAAACGUUUCAAACUGAACUGGAAACGUUUGUAAAGAAAGAAGAUUAUUGGCUUGAUGAUUAUACAUUAUACAUGGCGAUUAAAGCCGAGCAGAAUAAUAAAUCGUGGUCAAAAUGGCCGAAAGAAUUAAAGUAUCGCGAAAAACAAGUUCUCGAAAACAAACGUCAAGAACAUGCCGAUGUUAUUCGUAAACACACAUUUCUUCAAUAUAUCUUCUUCCGACAAUGGAAUCAACUGAAACAAUAUGCCAAUGAGAAUGGGGUUACUAUUCUUGGUGAUAUGCCAGUUUAUGUUGAUUAUGAUAGUGCUGAUGUUUGGGCUAAUCAAUCGUUAUUUCAAUUGGAUGAAAAGACAUCUUUACCAAAAGCAGUCUCAGAUUCGUUCAGUGAGACAGGACAACUGUGGAAUAAUCCAUUGUAUGAUUGGACAGGUAAUUUGCGAAAGACAAAUUUUGACUGGUGGAUCAAACGUUUGAAGAAAUGCUUGGAAACAGUUGAUGUCGUUCGGAUUGACCAUUUUCGUGGUUUAGAAGCAUAUUGGGCGAUUCCUAUCGGUGCUGACGGAAAACCUCUUCCACCAACGAAAGGCGAAUGGGUCAAAGCUUGUGGCGAUGAAUUUCUUACUGCAGCAACUAAAGCGCUGGGAGAAAAUUUACCAAUUAUUGCUGAAGAUUUAGGCCAUUUAACUCAGGAAGUAUUUGAUCUUCGCGAUAAAUUUGGACUUGUUGGAAUGCGUGUACUUCAUUUCGCCUUCACACAUUGGCCAGAUAAUAUGUAUUUACCACAUAACUAUAUUCCAAAUUGUAUCGCCUAUACGGGAACUCACGAUAACAACACAACAAUUGCCUGGUUUCGUCAUAAUGCAUCAGCUAAAGAGAAGAAGACGCUGAUAGAUUAUCUACAAAAAGAAGGUGAUCUCGAACGGCAGAUUAAUUGGGAUUUAAUACGAUUGGUACUUGCUAGCGUAGCAAAUACUGCUGUUUUGCUAUUUCAAGAUGUUCUCGACCUCGAAGAAGGUUGUCAAAUGAAUGAUCCAGCGUUUACACCAGAUUACGAAGACAAUUGGCGUUGGCGAUUUCACUGGAAGCAAAUCAAACAAGAAACAAAAUAUAAACUGAAAUCGCUCACAUAUAUCUAUGGAAGAUAUUUGCCAAAAGAAGCUUUAGAUCGUCCUGAUACCGAAGCUGGUGUCGAUGAAAAAACAAAUAGUGUCCAACAACCAAAAUCUUAUUAA